CUUCCUUCUCCCCCACUCCGCAUCGUCAGUCCCCUGAUCCCCUCUGUUUCUGCUGACCCACCAAAACCCUAAUGGCUUCCCGCCUCCUCCACCUGCGCCGCCUCCUCCCGGCCGCGCGCCCGUCAUGCGCCGCCGCGUUCUCCACCGCCGUCACCCCGACCCCGCGGGUCUCCGGUCUCGUCGACGAGAUCUGCGGCCUCAACCUCAUCGAGGCCUCUUCCCUCGCCGAUGCGCUGCGCGGCCGCCUCGGCGUCGACCAGCUCCCUCCCCUAGCCAUCCUCAUGGGCGGCGCAGCCCCGCUGGCCGGAGAUGCUGCCGGGGCCGGCGAGGAGGCGAAACCCAAGGAGGAAAAAAUGGCGUUCGACGUGAAGCUGGAGGGGUUCGACGCCGCGGCGAAGCUCAAGAUUAUCAAGGAGCUGAGGGCGAUCACGAGUUUGGGCCUGAAGGAGGCCAAGGAGCUCGUGGAGAAGGCGCCGGCCGUGCUCAAGGCCGGGGUUCCCAAGGAGGAGGCGGAGAGCAUCGCCGAGAAGAUGCGGGCACUGGGCGCCAAGAUUGUUCUCGAGUGAGAGGACGAGAUCUCUGUAUGCCUUUGCUUCUUGAUUUCUUCCUGUUUAUUGUACGAAGGAAUUAGAGAAAUUUUGGAACUAAGGAGUCAAUAAUUGACGAGACUGACUCUAGAUAUCCUCUCGUUGAUAGUGGAAAUGGCAGUUGAGCUUUUGAAAGCAUGGUUAUAGAAUUAACGAUAGAGCUUUGAGCUUUGUCUUA